UGCCUCCUUGGGGCGGAGGAGGAUUGUGCAGAGAGAGGGACCACCCCCAGGGCCAGCCUCUUGCCUCUCCUGCACUCGGGCAGAUACCGGGGGGCCUGCAGCACCAGCACACCUCAGUGAAAGGGCUGGAGGCGGGGGGCCCCUGGGAACCAGCGGAGGUAGCAGAUGCCACGGCCUGAGAUGGCCUGAUGGCCAGGGCCAGUGGGACCACGGCGGGUGCCAAAGAAAAUGGGGAAUGUUGGGCCUGGGCUGCUGGGCUCCAUGCUCUUUCUGAUGCUCGGGCUGCAGCCUCUACCGCUUAGCCGAGGGAGAUCCCUGCACCACCCCCCAAACUUGAGAAGCUUCCACCUGGGCUCCAGACAUCACGAAAGCACCUGGGAGAAGCUGAAAUCCUGCAAGGGUGUCUUUGACCUGUACUUCAUAGUGGACGCGUCACAGAAGGCAAAAGAUAUUUGGGAGGACAUUUGCCAACUAGUGGAUGAGAUAACGACAAAGUACACAAACCCUGACCUGCGGAUGUCCUUCAUCACCUACUCCACGCAGGGCCACAUCGUCAUGAAGCUCACCUCAGACAGGCAAGUGCUGUUUUAA